AUGGCUGACUACCAACCAGAACCGAGUGGAUCAGGCCGACGCCUUCUCCCGCACCCCGUAUCACUUGAUGGGACGGCAGGGGUAGAAGAUGCGACGAUUUGUCCCUGGAGAACCGAUGAGACGCCAAAUCGCAAGCGGUCGUCGGCGGGUACCGUAUUUGAGGGGUCCCCAAAACGUCGUCGCACCAUACAGCUCAGAGAUAAAAACAUCAUUAAUCUACUCUACGACUCUGGGAGCGACGAAGGGGAUGACUUUGAGGAUGGCAAUGACGAAGACGAGGAUCUUGACGUCAUCAACUUUAUGGGCCUCCGUCAAUAUACCCGCCAAAUGCGAAACCGCAUCGUGGUGACGGAUCCAGAGGAUGGAUGGAUGGAUUCAGAAAAAUGA